GGAAUAUUUUGAAAUUCAAUCUGAUUCAACCACCGAUGAAAAUCUUACAAUUUGUGAUAUUUUCUGAUAAAAUUUGGUGAUCAAUGUUUAGGGACGAAUGUGAAUGACUAACAAUGAUUCCAAGUCGACCUGAAGUUGUUGGUUUUGAUGACUAUGGCUUCGCGAUUUUUGCUGAAGGAUCACUGCAUGCUAGCGAUGAUCACAGAUGUCAUGACUACAGGUUCGUAUGCUAUUCAAACUUCACUUGUAUAAUUUUAGAAAGCUUCUUCGAUCUUUCUACUUUAGGAGCUACAUGCAUGUCUUUUAUAUCUUGAAGCAUCGAGAAGCUUUGACCAAUACAUAUUCAGAAUUUGCGGCAUCUCACUCGAUAGAUCCAGCUAUAAUUAUGCAGAGUCGGGCAUAGGUGGGCAUUUGAUUUUUUGAGCAAAUUUUUAUUCAAAUGCCCCACCGUCGGGCAAUAAAUAUUGGUCAAAUGCCUCACCAUUUUGCAAUAAAUUGCAAUAAAUACUAUAUUAAUAAAAGUCAUUAAGUUCAAAUUGCUCCAACUUGAUGAUCAAAUGAUGAUCAAAUAUGCCAUUGAUGAUCAAAUACCCCACAUAUGCCCGACCCCCCCUCUGGGGGUUAACAUUGAUAGGUGCAUUAUUGUCGAAGGGUUUUGGUGAUGGAUUUCGAGUGGAAAUUUUAUAUAUUUUAUAUUAGACCUAACCAGGAACGGUUGCAAAAAAUAUGAAACUAUAGACUGAAGUCGAACCUGCGGCCCUACACUAUCUUCCACUGCGGCCCUCUAUAAGACCAACUGAGCUACAGAGUCCAGUUGCCGAGCCUUUAGCUGCAAUGUAUAUGGAUACCAUAAACCUCCAAAUAUAAGCCCACCUGAGUACAAGCCUGUGGACCCCCAUUCACUAAUGCUCAGGCCAUUACGAACAUAAACCCCCACCCCCACGAAUAUAAGCCCUUCUGUGUACAAGCCCAUGGGCUUAUUAUUGGACAGGUAUUUAUAAUGCAGCGAUGGGGAUCCCAACAGCUCCUGACUGGAAAGCUUGGAAAUUGCACGGCCGAGAUUUCGAAAAUUUAAUAGAAAAUAUAUAUAGAAAGCAUGAAAAUUGCACGCCAAUAUCUCGGGUGCGCAGUACAAAGUUUCCACACUGGCAACAGCUCAGACAAGUGACAAUAAUCACAUUGCAGUAUUAUAAUAUGUUAACCAACUGUUAACCAUGUUUUAUGUGUAGAUUAUAUACUGUAUGUUUAUACAUGUACCAUAUUUCGUUUCGUUCACAGUAUAGCUUACAAGUAUGAUAAAUAUUAUUACUAACAUCAAAUGUCGUCCAUAUGUAAACCUCCUGUAUAUAAGCCCCCCCCCCUCCUAUAUAAGCCCUCCAAUGUAUGUAUAAGCCCAUCAAAAAAUGCUUAUGGAGUAUGAAUGAAUAUAAACCCACCUGGCUUACAUUUGGAGGUUUAAGGUAUAUACUGAGGUGAUGCCAAUGUAACUCGAUAGAACUACUGUAAUGUUGAACUUUCUUGAUGGAAAUUUCAGAUUCAUUUGUAGAGAGACAAGUAAAUUAGUUAUGCACAAAGCCUAGUUUGAAGUGCAUUACAACCCAAUGUUUUGACACUUUUGUCAAGGGCCAUAAGAAAUUUCUUUCAUACUAUCCUUCAGAAAUUUCAGAAAAUCCACUGGGUACAUAAUUAUACUGAGUGUAUACAUUAACAGUUUACCAUAUCCAAGUUAUGGCUGUAAAUAUAUGCCUGGCUGUAAAUAUAUGCCAGGCUGCAUUCCAUGUAAACCUCACAUGGAAGAUGAUUUGAGGCUGUGUAAUUGGUGUGCACCAACAGAUGUCAAGUUCAACGGCAGCCCAGGUCAUUGCAAGCACCACUUGAAUGAAGUUUCAUUUAGCCAUUUAUAGGUUAAAAAUAUUAAACUUUAAACUUUAAGACAUAUAACUGCUAGGCUGAUAAUUUAAUAACACGAAGAAACUACUAGAUCCCAAACAGUAAUUCAAGCUGUUUCACUUUAAUUAACAAUUCAAAUUAAUAAUUAUGUCAUUAUAUAUAGUGUCAUUGAACAACCGUUUUGUGAUAUCAAUACAUUGCAAGCCACCUGGAAAAACAUGGAAAGAAAUUUUGAUCCGAAUUGUUCUGUUUCACCUCAAAAGGUUUGCACCAUUUGUUUAUAUUUUUAGGCUGGGAACACGGCCUAAAAGUAUGAACUUAUGAAUCCAAUUGUGGUACUUAAUAAACAGUUAUUUAAAUAGAAAUUUACGGUUAGCAUUAAAUGUUUCUACCGUACCACUGGAUUUAGUAGGAUGCAGGUUGACAAUCUUGCCAAGAUCCCAGCAAGGUCUUGACAAGAUCUUACCCAAGAUCUUGACUUUGUUGGCAUCUCACUCGAUUGAUUAAUAGUUUAUGGGUUUUGUAGAUGGAAAUUAUAGAGUGGAAGUUUUGUAGAUGGAAGUUAUCGAGAGUAAAUUUUAUAUUUAUAUACAUUUAUUAUAUAAAGUAUAGUAGUGCUUUAUAGAGAUUUCGAGCACUGAUAAAAGUGAUAAUCUCUCAUGUGAGAUUAUUCAUGAUAAUCUCACAUGUGAAAAUUAUCGCUUUUCAAUUAUCGCUUUUCUGUAAAAAUUAUCACUUUUCAAAGACUGUCCUUUAUAUAAUAAACAGAAUAAUACAUGGGUGCUUGGAAAUACCAGAUUUAUUUCUCGUGUUGAACAUGAUAUUCGUGUUGAACAUGUUCAACACUCGAAAUAAAUCUGGUAUUUCCGCGCACCCAUGUAUUAUUCUCUAUUUAAUAUUAGACUUAACCAGGAAUAGCUGCCAAAAAUGCAACUAUAUUGUACGUCCUCUGGCAGAAAUCGAAUCUACAGUGUACGACCUUGCGAUUCCGGUGCGGCUCUACCCAAGAUUUUUCCAAGAUCUUGCCAAGAUACUGUAUUACAUAAAUUCUGCAAGGUCAUGCAUGAAACUCUUGCAAUAUCUUGCGAUGAUCCCGUAGGAUCUUACCAAAAAUCGUGCAAGAUCGUACUGAAAAGAUAUGAAAUGGAUUUAAUCUAAACAAUAUUACUUAAUAAAUGGUUUGAAAACUUUAAAAUUAAGUAAUCAGCUCCUGACUUGUUCAAGAUUGUGAAUUUGAACAUAUUUAUAUGAUUGGUUUGAUCAAGGUUCACUGUCUAUAACUGUACAUAAUGGAUGAAAUUAGUACGGCUUAAGAAUCGAGGUUCAAAUUACACACUAAGGCAGUAAGGGCUUUAUAUGGUUGAGAAUACGUACAGUAGUUCUAUAGGACCCAAUAUGAAAUUAUUAUAUAUAGUAUGCAGUUGUCGCAGCCGUUGUACAUAUAACACAAGACGUGCUAAUCUGUGAUCUGCCGUUGUAAACGGAACGGGGCCGACACCUAAAAUUCCAUAUUUUAAUUGAUUAUAAUUCCUUUCCAAAAUAUACGAGUUUCGUUGUACCAGUAGCUAUCGUCGUUGUAUUUCGUCCUUCUUGCAUGCGAGAGGUUCCUAAUCACGAAAGUUCAUAUGUUUUGAAGUGUAAAAUUUAAGACCUUAUCAAAUCUCCGUAGUAGGUUAAACCUUGCUUGAGUUCGCUAUUAACUCGCCCAGUGGCAGCAGUCUCGCCCAUAACUAGCCCAUUACAUACUGUAAAUAAACCGAGCCAUGAAGUAAACUCGGUAUGAAUGUAAAACAAUUCAAAGCAGGAAGACUUCCAGUUCAAUAAAAGAAAAGACUCUUUGAUAUUGAAUUCAAUACUAUAUAUACCUAUUCAGUUAACAGUGCGUAAUAACAGAAUUGGUUUACUACAUAAUGAGAUAAAUUAUAUAUAGGCUAUAAAUUAUAGUAAGUUAUUCUGUCACUGUUUAUGAGAUUGAUGUUUUGGUAAAACUGCUCUCAGAAUGCUGCAGGGAAUAGCGUUUCUAAACCUAAGAAGAAAAAAUGUUUGUUGACUUUGAACUUUCUGCUAGUAACAGUGAAAUGUACAGUACUUGCACAUGUUUGCUAGUAACCAAAAAAGCCAAGGUAAACCCUUGAUCUUCCAUGCCAAAACGUAAGUUUUAAAACAUCUUGUUUUAGUUAAGGAAUUUUAUAAAGGACGGGAUACCGCCUGCUUUAAGAGGAGAGUUUUGGCAACUUCUGGUUGGUAGCAAGUUAUUAAAGAAUAACGCGAAAUUCGUGUACCAGGUGUGUAUUUUAAUCAUUGUCACAGAGACACUCAUAUAUUUAUCAUUUAUAGAUCAUCCACUUGGGGGAUUCGACGAAAUUUUACCCGAAG